UUGUAGUAAAACAGCUGUCAGCAUCUGGCUAGUACAAGUAUUAUUGUGCUUGAAUUGUUUUACACUAUUCGCUGUCGUUUAAGGAAGCUUAAAAGAUACGACUAUUAUCUCAUUGAAUACAUAAAACGCUGUCCUAAAGCCAACUUGUAAACAGUAUGUAACUUCUGCAGUAGUCUUCUAGGGGAAGUUUCACUACCGCCGUUACCUAGCAACCACACUCGGCUAGUCUCUCCAGACGUCCAGUGCUGCUAUGUACAUAAUUCAUGAUGCCACCGAAACCAAACCUGUCUGAAGAAACCAUAUGUCAAGAAAGACAGAGAGAGAAACACUGUACUUAGUUGCAGUAUGAUACCAGGAGCAAAAGCAUAACUGUGGAUUGGAUCAACUUAAAACAAAUAUGGUGAAGGCGUCAUAACCAAAUUGAAGAGAGGUUGAAUAGGACAUCCAGAGAAACUGUCCAUGGAGGGAAACCCAGAGGAGUCCGACAAGGAUGUUCAGGGAGAGGACAAGUCCUUGGUGCUGUGGGAGAAGUGCAUCGAGCAGAGCAUCUUUGUUGACCUAAGUGAGGAUGAAAGUCUCCACUUCAGUGAUCUGGAGAAUAACUUACCUUUACAUCUGUCCCAGGCAGAGUCUGCUGCCUCAGAGCCAAGCAUCCAUCUCAGUGGGAGUGCAGCGCUGUCAGCCUUGGAUGACAGCUCCUCAGAGUCCAGUAUUGUCAGCAGUCAGAGUGAGAGAUUGGCAGAAAGCAAGACUAAGAGCAGCAUAUUGCAUGUGUCUGCCCAAAGACCAAACACAAUGCAAGAUGAGCCACCCUUAAACAGAGGGUUUGAGGACCCAGGGCAAAAUACAAGUGACGAGGAUCAGGAUGAUCUACCUUAUGAUGGUGAGCUUGGAAGUCCCUACUUCAACCAGACAGCUGGGUCUGAUGGUAACAUGAGCUCUGAUGGAAGAGAAACAGUUCAUACAAGUCCUGAUGCUCCUGGUCUGCUUGAAUUGACUCCUACAGAAAGCGAUGAUACCACUGAUUGUUUGAUUCUUCUUGAGCAUAAUACUGAGAAAUCAGCUACACUGUCAAAAGAGGAUGCCAGCACCAGACAGGGUAACAUUUGUGAUGCUUACAAGACAAGCGUGGUGGCUCCAUCAUGCCCUAGUCCUGCAGACAUUAACCAGCUGUUGCUGCAGCACUUCUCUCAGGAGGAGUUGCUGCAGUCAAGUAGGCUGAUUGAGGCAGAGACCCUGCCAGAAGUGUCCCUGCUGGAGAGUGUGGAUGACACUGCUUUUAGCUCAGCUUCAAUACAUAACAGCCUAGUAAUUCAUAGUAACUCCUCACGGAGCCCUGCUUGUAAGAUUAAUCAGAGUUUCUGCUCUGGCAUGACUGAAGUAAAGAGUAAUACUGCAUCAAAAAAUUCAAGGUCAGAGGAGGAACCAGAAAGAAAAAUUGAUAAUGUCAUCUCUGCUGCUACUGACAGCAUUGCACCCAACUCUGCAAGUAGAGACUCAAACCGGAGCAGUGGGGAUAACAGUGCCGUAGAUGUUGUGAAAGACCAAAAGGGUUCAAAAGUCCCACUUGUGCGCACCAGGUCCUUAGGUGAGAUGAAAUAUGGACAAGGCCAAGUCCAUUACCCCCUUCCUGAUUUUUCCAAGGUUGCACCCAAGGUAAAAAUUCCCAAAGCUCCCAGUGGACCCGCCAGACCUGUUCCACAGAGCCCCAGCACCAUGCACAGAGCCCAAUCUCCUCUGGGUAUGUUGGAGUUGAUCAGCAGAGUCCUGGAGGAUUCAGUGCAGUCAUCUGACAAGCCUUAUGUCUUCAAAGGUGAGGACAAACAGACGCCUCCAGCAUCUGUAAAUCACCUGCAGGCUGAAUAUGACAAAUUACUAACUAAAUAUGCGGAGGCAGAGAACCUUAUUGAUCAGAUGAGACUAGGAACCAAUAUUCAGCCUUCCUCAGAACCAAUGCUUUAUUUAGAUGCGGAAUAUCCUGAGAAUCUGAUUGCUGAUGAUCUUCAGAGAAACUCCUUGACUUCUCACCUUCCCCUAUCAGAAAACCUGGAUGAAAAAGGAGCAGAAAGCAACAUUACAGAGGUGAACAUUACUGGAGGUUUUGCCACCCAGCCCGAAGAGGUUCCCAGUGAUGGGGAAAGAAUGACUGCUGAGCUGAGGGACAUCAUCACCCAGUUCAUGCACAAGGUGAAAGAAUUCAAAUUCAGCGUAAGCGACAUGUCAGUAAGCACAGCAGAACAGCAAAUGAUGUUGAGGAGCAUGGUGGAGGCUCAGGACCAGCUGGAGAGAAAAUACAUCAGUAAGAAGGAGGAGCACAGGGCUCUGGAGAUGCAGAACUACAUGGGCCUGUCCAGGAAUACUGGCACCUUCGACCCAAACAGGCUGGUGGAGGGAGACAUAUUCAGGAUAGGGAUGCACCUUGAGGACAUAAAGGAGAUGUUAGAUAAAAAUAUGUGUGAGCAGAUUUCUCCACCUCAUUCGUCCUGA